AUGCAUGACGCAUUCACCAAACUUCCAACCGAGUUGGAGCCCAAAACCACCACAAUAUCUUCGACCAAGCACCUCCGCUUCAGCCAAAUCUUCUCCUCCAACUCCCCUCACGCUCACAGCGAUGUCAGAUUGGUCGAGCAAGUGGCAUGGGACGGUGUUGAAACCGAGAAGGAGGCAAGGGCGAAGCGGCUAGGGAACAAGGAGGUGAAGUGGAAGGUUUUGAACGAGGGCGAAAAGGUGGCGGAUAUAGGCAAAAGAAACCGAGGGCCGCCCCCGCUUAGCGACCGCCCCGGGCGUUGGGGCCAAGCGUUAGCAGAGCUCGGAGCAACGAUUUGUCUACCGGCACCAGAAAAUUCUACUUGCGAGUUGUGUCCCAUCCAAGGCACUUGUAGAGCGUAUGCGGAAGGGCUAGAAAUUGCAAGGGAGCAAGGGUUGGUGCUAGGACAUAAGCAGAGCGAUAAAGAGAAGGGCAGACAAACGUUGAAUGGAAAAGUGGAAGAGCUGCACAAGCGGCAACUGGUGGACAUAGAGGAUGCGGCAUGUACUUUGUGUCCUUCUCCACCACCACUUCCUUUUCUUCCUCCUCCUCCUCCUUCUCAUCCUCCACAUCGUCCCUCGGAUGCUCCCGCAAAUAGGAUAAAGGUGGAAACCCAAGACGAAGCAGACCCAGACGUCCAGUACCUCUGCACCCUGCCCAUGACGCCGCUGCCCAGCACCGAGGAGAACAUCCAGCACACCCGGAACAUCCAGAACAUCCAAACCACCACCAAGAACGUCCAGACCACUCGCAACACUCAGAUGAACAGGGACGAGAACACCAUCUCCGUCACCUUCUACGAACAAAACAGCUGCCUAAAAGCCCACGUCGACGACCCCAACCUCAACAAGCCCAAACCAAGCAAUCUUCUUGACCCAACAGCCAAAGAGUUUAUUACUACUUACUGCGCUCAAUAUCCGUACACCAAGCCUAAAGCACAAAAGCAGUCCAAGUGA